AUGCCAGCUCCAUAUUCCGGACAGUGCCUCUGUGCCGCUGUCAAGUUCAGCAUCUCAUCAGAGCCAGUUACAGUGCUAUCAUGCUUCUGCGAGCAUUGUAGCAAAGGAGCUGGAGGAGCCCAUCAGUUGAUUGGCAAGUUUGCUACAAAGGACGUCCAAAUAACGGCCACCGACGACGCUAUCGGCGAGUUCAUCCUCUCUGAUACAGCCAGCGGAAAUAAGAAAGAAAAGCACUUUUGCCGAACAUGUGGAUGCACAUUAUGGACGAUCCCGGCCGCAGCCAAAGGAACAUUUCAUCUCAUCCGACUGCCACUCCUGGACGGAGGGGUCCUGGAAGUAGGCAAAGUGGGUCGAAGCGACUCAAGAUCGACGUUGCUUGCGAUAACUGUCGUGCGAAAAAGGUCAAAUGCGAUGGUGUACGUCCAGGCAAGUCAUCACCUGAUAGCUCAGUGUUGUGGAAUGACAGGAAUGUUGAGGAUGGAUGAAGAAUACCUCUGUGGAUCGUGUUCACGCAAGCUGAGUCUGCGAGACCAAUGCAAAUAUAGCGCAGGCAGUCUUGUCCGUGUUCGCGACUCAGAAGGCCCGUCGAUCAGAUUGAGUCGUGAUACCAACAAUAUCGUACCACAGGGAGCAAAUCCUCAAGCUCUCCCAAAUGUUGGCUCUGCAAGAAGCCCUGACUUAGGACCCAUGUCUAACCCACAGCCUCAGCAACAACAUUCGUCCCCUGCCGGAACGACUCCCGGGAGUAGACACGAAGCACAAGGUCGUGGGCAACUUGGGGCAUCAGCAUGUUCAACCAGCCCGUCUGUCAUCGACUCCAUGACGGCUGUCGUUGACGAAGGGACCAACACUGGAGAGUUCUUUGGAAUCAGUAGUGCUGGUUCCUUCACAGCUCAAAUCAAGAAAGCUAUCGAUAUACGUCUGGGAAAGCCCGGAACCGGUCCUUCAAACAGUGUUCCGGCCACUUCGCGUUCGGUUCUCGGAGUCACAGGUGCCGGUGAUGCACCAGCCCCUGAGCUUUCCUACGUCCUGCCUCCACGUCGGCAAGCAGACCAUCUCAUGGAACUUUAUUGGUUCUAUGUAGACCCUUUAUAUCCCUUCCUUGAUCGGAAACGUUGGACCAAUGCAUACAAUGCCAUCUUUGCCGGUACAGUCAUUGAUUUCAACGAACGAAUUUUUGUUGCUACCCUCAAUAUCAUCUUUGCUCUUUCCACACAACUACUUGAGUCUCAGUCUCUAGAGCAACGAGAACAAUCAAGCGAGACCUACUUCCGCCGAGCCCAAGACUUAUUACCAAUGAGCCCUUGGGACUCCGGAUCUCUUGAGCUAGUGCAGUGUCUGUUGGUUACGAGUCAGUAUCUUCAGAGCACUUACAAUCCACAUCAGACGUGGAUGGUUGUUGGCUCGGCAAUAAGAAUGGCUCAAGGGUUGGGACUUCACCUACCGGAAACGUCAGCUGAUCGAUCUGAUCCCGGAGAGCGAGAACUGUUACGUCGGAUAUGGUAUGGAUGUAUUCUUAUGGAUAGUGGACGAUGCAAAGCAAAAGAGUAUCACGGCCCCGACCACGACAGUUCAGAUAACGAUGACGAAGAUCUCGACAAGGUUGUUCAACUGGACCGUUCGCUUAGUAAAUGGGAGAAAAGACUUCCGGAUCACCUAAAGUGGAACAUGCUGGAGGCAAACAAGGAUGAGAUAUUACGUCGUCAGGCUGUGAUUCUCCGGAUGCGCUUUCUUCAUGCCCGGAUUCUACUACUCCGACCGCUGUUGUCACGAUUCUGCCUGACACAAUCACCGGCAGAAAAUAGUCUGGCCGACGACACUUUACAGAUCCGUGUCAUCCAGCAAGGAGCAAUGUUUUGCGUUGCCACUGCCCAGAAUAUCAUCACCACACUUCUUACGCACCAGACUCUUGACAGCACUGUUGGCCUUCUACCAGCGUGGUGGUACCGUGUGUACUAUGUGUACUCAGCUGCUACAGUCCUAAUCGCUGCAAAGUUAAGACCAGAUGUCUUUCCUGCGGUUGAAAUUGGGCGCUCUUGGGGCCAGGCCAUUUCAGUACUGAAGGCUCACGAGAAAUUUGGCCAAUCAGCACGAAGAUGCGUGGCGGCGUUGCAUAUUCUUUCAUCCAAGAUAUUGCAGGCUGUGCCCGGAGGCUUGCCAGGGCACGAAGGUGGAAGCAAGAGGACUUCUUGUCGAACCAGCGAAGGGAGUCAAACUGGGGGAGGGCCUGAUAUUCCAGCUGAUAUCGAGUUGCCUGACUUGGUGCAGCAGUUGGCUGAUGAGUUUGAGACGCCAAUGCCGGAUCUUUCGUAUCAGGAUCUGGCUGAUUUCAAUUUUGAUGUAAAUGACAUGUCAUGGUUGAACGAUAUGCAGGGGGUUUGGGAACUGCUUAAUGAGUAA